CCGUGUCGCGUGGUCUAGUCGUGCUGGCGACCGACGUGCCGACCGACCGACCUAUCUCACGCCGACGAAGGAUCUCGCGAAAUUUGUUCUGUAGCUGUGUAAUUGAAGUAAUAAGAUAAUAAUAUUACUGUAAUUGCGUGUUCAUUAGAAAUAAUCGUAUUGCGCCCCCGCUCGGUUCCGGAAAUCGUGUGUAGUAUACGGCCGUCAGCGAGUGAAAAUAUGUGGUUAUCAUAAUAAUAUUUUAUAUACCUACCGGCUACCUGAUAUUGUAUACACGUGUCUGGUGCAGUGCAAGUGCGAUGUGUACGGUGAUAAAACGCGCGUGCAAAUGCGGUAUCACGAGUUCGCGGUGUUCGCGAUUUAUUCUUUAAUCGUUUAAUUAAUUAUAUUUUACAUCGUUACGGUAUUGUCGUGAUAACAGGUAUGGUACUUCGGUCAUAAUAAUACCCAUUGAAGUGUUGUCGUUUGGCGCCCAAGAAGUAUGACGGAUUUUAACGCGGUUAUCGAGGGAACCGUGAAAUUCCGCGACGGCAAAAAAUGGAAAUCCAGAUGGUGUGUCAUGCGAAAGCUGUCUCCUGUCGCAGACUGUUUACACUUACAGCUGUAUAGAGACAGCAAAGAUCGAUACAAACACGGCCAAACGAAAGCGUCUCUGUCGUUACAACACUUUUUGGGUGUGGAAUCUGGUUUCACGUUGGAUAAAGAGUCCAAUACAGUAGCGAUUAUCUGUCAGGACGUGACAGUCGUAUUGGCGUUCGAUACACGAGAGAGGCUAAUUCAGUGGCAAGUAAAAAUAUCCGCGAACUUGGGAGAUGAUCAACAGUUCCUGAUCCAAAUAGCGUCGUGCCCGCCCAAAUCAAAAAUAUCCGCCGGCCCGGCUCGUAUGCACGUGCAGGACUUGAGAUUUUCUAUGACGACCGGCGUACCCCCUAGACUGGCUGGCGUCUGGGAACUCAGGCAUCUUAGGAAAUAUGGCGUGAUUGAAAACCGAUUUUGCUACGAGGGCGGUUCGAGGUGCGGCAAGGGCGAGGGGCUGUUCGUAUGCUUCACGGACCAAGGAGACGAGAUCACCAGAUGUAUGAACUUGGCGGCCGAGGGCAAACUGGCUACCAGAAAAAGGCUUCUGGCCAGAAACAUGUCGGUUUUAGAAAGCCCGUCCAGAAGAGGUGGCCUGCUGUCGCGACUGGACUCCAGGACAUCCGAGUACGGUGGCGAUGGCAGCUCGUUUGGACAGCACAACUCUCAUGACCGCAGCAACGAGGAAAACGUGUGUUGGCCGUCCAGCGAGAGCCGUCUAGAUAACUCCGACUUUGGCGACACAGCUUCCGUCGGCGACUUUCAAGACGCCAACUUACAGGAAUGCACGUGGACCCCAGAAACGGCUUUGGAACGAUGUGCCAGCUGUAUAAGCAAACUAGGAGCUUUGUCUCGGUCGUCGACCAUGGCCAACACACCGGGAAGCGUCGGCUUCAACCCUGCGUGGACAAUGGACAACAACGUAUCAACGCUUAAUUACAUACCGGAAAUAAGCAACGGACAUCAGUGUUGUGGCUAUGUGUCGUCGCAGAGUAGCAGCAGUGGAGGAAGUGGUUCGAUGUGCGGUACCGAAUAUUCCGUGCCCAGAAAAGUAUCUUCGACUGCAACAAAUGACAAAACCAAUAAAAGCCAACCGGAAACGUGUACGGCCGCUACUAUGCCCACCAGACCUCCUAAGCCUGUACACAUGAAACCGGAAACCAGUACACCAAUUAAAAAAGCUCCGAUGCCUUUGCCGUUGCAACCAGAGACAUCCACGUGUACUUGCCGGUGCUCUUCGGCAGUGGACAGACCCAAAUUGCAACCACAACAACACUACCUCAACAACUACGACACGCCCAAGACCGUCGCCUCAAAGCACAACAACAAGCCUUACCCGACGACACAAGACGAGUAUUACGACACGCCGAGGAAAAUCAAAUCCGUGCUAGAAGUCAACCCGUACGGUAAUUACGACACGCCUCCAUCUCCUGUGGCUGUUCACAAAAAGAACUAUGUUGUCCCUGCGCUCAAACAUCAGGACAGUCAUUGCAAUCACGUGUGUCCAUGUCAGAAAUCUAUGACCUGUUGGCCGAACGACCGGAUGGCAAUUCCACCCUGCAGAAGAUCGAACCACAAUAACUCCAUGUCCAAUAAUUACAAAGCGGCUCACCACUGUCAGGUCAACAACAACGCGGCCAUUUACGCGACGGUGGACGUUUCCAAAAAGAAAAAACACGCUGAACCCACUGAAAAAUGCACUAACUACAUGAACUUAGAGCCGCCGGCACAGUCGAUUAUGACGACCACGGCUGACCGGAGAGCGGCGGAGAACUACAUGAAUUUGGAAUUCAGCGAAUCGCUUUGCCACUACGAGAACGCCAAAAACGUGUUGACCAAAGCGGGCAUGGCGCCGGUCGCGGCCGCUUCGUCGGGACCAUGUGACAAAUGCGGCCACCAUAAUAAGGGUCGUGACGAGAGCGGAUGCGGCGGCGACUACAUGACGAUGGAACCGGUUAACGGGCGAAUGGUCGAGGCCAAACGCAAUCUGUUUCCCGGCUACCUUCCCAUGUCACCUGCCACGGCGCAACGGGAUAUGCUCAAGAACGUGCUGAACAAGGGCCUGGCCGAAAAGUCGGCCAGCAUACCGAGCCUGAACGAGUACAAGAGCGACGGCACGCCGGUGAACAAGACUCUGAACCGAGUGGACGAACCUCGUAAGCGGUCCAGUUCCGCAGGAUCGUCCACCACGGUCAGCAGCAACAGAUACGACGACUACGACGAGGAAGACGACGACGUGGAACGAGAAAACUUGUCGGCGGCUGCUACGGCCGAACAACCGUCCAGCGGGCGGACGUCCGUGAACACGUCUUCCGCCGAAAGCGUGACCAGUCAGAUCGUCAAGUGUCCCGGCGGAGCUUCCCGGGAUGAUCAGCAGGCCGCCGUGCUAGUACACAUACGUCGGUCGUCCAGCGUACCGUGUAAGAACAAUCGGGAUUCGUCCAGUUCCAACGAUUCGGGAGUGUCCACCGGUUCGUUGCGGUAUCGUGGAGCCGAAUUCGCCGAGUUCGAGUUGCCCUUGACUACUGCCAUGUCAACAAUGCGGCACAAGCAAACGGUAGCCGGCGACAAGGCGUCGUCCUACGGCAACGGUGGUUGUGUACACGGUUCGCUUCCUAGACGGUCCAAAUCCACGGAGCGGCUCAAGGAACUCAGCUUUAGAUUUCAAAAAGUCAACGGACCAAUGAAAUCGUCAUCCGCCGGAGCCGAGGUGCCGGUCUGCAUGAAAAAAGACAAAGGGUGUAGCGUACACGCGGAAGGGAACACGACAGUGCCAUUUUUGGAUUCACAAAGCACGAGCAGUUGUACAUCAGACAUGAGUGAUUACAUAGAAACAUUAUCAUUGUCAUCACACAGUUCGUCGGACACCAACAACGAAAAUCUAAAAUUUGGUCGACCGGCAACAAAGACCACGCUUAAACCUCGUUCCGGCAAAGAAUACCAUCAAAUCGGAUAUUUUCUCGACAGCGAUCUAAAGAUUAAAUCUGAUAUACCGCCUGUUCCUGAGAAAUCUGAGCCGCAUGCCAUCUAAGUAGACUACAACACAAUAGAUCAACAAUGCAGCCUGAAAUAAUAUAUCAUCAAUUCUCAAAUUAAAAAGUCCAAACAUGUUUAAUUGAGUGGUUUGAUCUCAACUAGACUGCAACGGUUUGACAACAAAAAAAAACAAUUAUUCUAAACUAAGAGAGAGAAAGAUGGAUACAUGUAUAUUAUGUUUAAAAAAAUGUAUUUUAACUGUACAUUAUAUUUUAUUGAAAAUAACAUAUCACAACAAGUUGUAUAAAAUAUAAGAUUAUACUUAAAUAAUAAAAAUGUAGUAUUAUAUAGCGUUGAGUUUAAGACUGCUAACAUAAAAACUACAAUAUAUCUACAUAUACAAGUGUAUCAAAUGUUCACACAUUAUAAUACAAUAUUCAUUAUAAUAACGUUUUAGUCUAAGAACUAGUCAUCUUUAGUCAAUUUUAAUAAUAUGUAGCGGAAUAUAUAUUUCUUA